AUGCCGCUGUGUGGGGACUCUCGGGACAUACGGCGCCUGGUCAAAGAACUAAUAGUAGAGAAGAGACAGCAACAGACACACACAGAGAAAAGAAAGCAACAUACACAGAGAGAGAAGAGACAGCAACAGAGACACACAGAGAAGAGACAGCAACAGACACACACAGAGAAGAGACAGCAACAGACACACACAGAGAAAAGAACGCAACAUACACACAGAGAAAAAAGAACGCAACAUACACACAGAGAGAAGAGACAGCAACAGACACACAGAGAGAAGAGACAGCAACAGACACACACAGAGAAGAGACAGCAACGGACACACACAGAGAAGAGACAGCAACAGAGACACACAGAGAAGAGACCGCAACAGACACACACAGAGAAAAGAACGCAACAUCCACACAGAGAAAAAAGAACGCAACAUACACACAGAGAGAAGAGACAGCAACAGACACACACAGAGAAUGGAAAACAACAGACACACACAGCGAAUGGAAAACAACAGACACACACAGCGAAGAGACAGCAACAGACACACACAGAAAAGAGACAGCAACCGACACACACAGAGAAGAGACAGCAACAGACACAGAGAGAGAAGAGACAGCAACAGACACAGAGAGAGAAGAGACAGCAACAGACACAGAGAGAGAAGAGACAGCAACAGACACACACAGAGAAUGGAAACCAACGUACACACAGAGAGAAGAGACAACAACAGACACACAGAGAGAAUGGAAAACAACAGACAAACAGAAAGAGGAGACAGCAACAGACGCACACAGAGAAUGGAAAACAACAGACCCACACAGAGAAGAGACAGCAACAGACACACAGAGAGAAGAGACAGCAACAGACACACAGAGAGAAGAGACAGCAACAGACACAGAGAGAGAAGAGACAGAAACAGACACACACAGAGAAUGGAAAACAACGUACACACAGAGAGAAGAGACAACAACAGACACACAGAGAGAAUGGAAAACAACAGACACACAGAAAGAGGAGACAGCAACAGACGCACACAGAGAAUGGAAAACAACAGACACACACAGAGAAGAGACAGCAACAGACACACAGAGAGAAUGGAAAACAACAGACACACAGAGAGAGGAGACAGCAACAGACACACACAGAGAAUGGAAAACAACAGACACUCACAGAGAAGAGACAGCAACAUACACACAGAGAGAAGAGACAGCAACAGACACACAGAGAAAAGAGACAGCAACAGACACANACACACAGAGAAGAGACAGCAACAGACACACACAGAGAAGAGACAGCAACAGACACACACAGAGAAGAGACAGCAACAGACACACACAGAGAAGAGACAGCAACAGACACACACAGCGAAGAGACAGCAACAGACACACGCAGAGAAAAGAACGCAACACACACAGAGAGAGAAGAGACAGCAACAGACACACAGAGAGAAGAGACAGCAACAGACCCACGCAGAGAAAAGAACGCACCACACACAGAGAGAGAAGAGACCGCAACAGACACACAGAGAGAAAAGACAGCAACAGACACACAAAGAGAAGAGACAGCAACAGUCACACACAGCGAAGAGACAGUAACAGACACACGCAGAGAAGAGACAGCAACAGACACACACAGAGAAGAGACAGCAACAGACACACACAGAGAAAAAGAAAGCAACAUACACGCACAGAGAAGAGACAACAGCACACACACAGAGAGAAUAGACAGCAAAAGACACACAGAGCUCAAGGAGAUAGACAGAGAAAAGACAACUUAUAAAGACAAAGGGGAACAACAUAUGGAGACUGAAAGGGGAGACAGAAAGGAGAGCUCAGGAAGAUAG